AUGAGUUUCACGAGAAUAAUUCCAAUCUACAUGCUGCUGGCGGCGGCAUCAGCCUUUGUCUCUCCCAUUUCAUCUCGAACGGGAUUGAACACUAUCCUCGUCAAUCCAGCACAAGAUCAGCAACAACAGCAAUCAUAUCCAACAGCAGAUACAGCCAGGUAUAUGAUGGGAGAAAUGGAAACCAUUGAAUGUGAUGUCGCCAUUGUCGGUGGUGGCCCAGCUGGUUGCACCUGUGCUCUCUAUACGUCCCGAGCUUCCUUGAAAACUGUGAUUCUAGACAAGAAUCCAGCAGUCGGAGCUCUUGCAAUCACCUCGCACAUUGCCAAUUACCCAGGUGUUGAUGGAUCCAUGACUGGACAAGAACUGCUAGACCAAAUGCGUAAACAAGCAGAAGACUAUGGAACUGAAUAUCGCAGAUCUCAAGUGUUUAUGAUUGAUUGCGAAGACGGCGAUGGACAAGACUAUGGCAAAACCGUUUACACACCUGAAGCUAUUAUAAAGGCGAGGUCAUUGGUACUUGCCACUGGAGCCAUGGGGCGUACUGCACCGCCAUACCCAGGAGAAGAGCAAUAUCUUGGACAGGGAGUUAGUUAUUGCGCCACCUGUGACGGAGCUUUCUAUCAAGGAUCGGAAGUGGCAGUUGUUGGUAUGAACUUGGAAGCCAUUGAAGAAGCAAUGUUUCUCACAAAAUUUGCGGGUACCGUUCAUUGGAUUACGGCUGGAAAAAUACGCCCAGAGCUGGCAGAAGUUGAGGAGGAGCUCAUGUCGCGUAAAAAUGUCAAGCAAUGGCAAUUUACAAAAUUGCUGAGUGUCGAAGGAGACGCAUCAGGUGUCACUGGACUUUCGAUCCAACGAAAAGACAGCGAGGAACCUGAAAUCCUUCCCGUGGAAGGUGCUUUCAUCUAUGCUGUAGGGGGAGGUUCCAAACCCAUUACUGACUUUAUUCAGAACAAGGUGGAAUUCGAAGAAGGUGGAGGCGUCAAGGUCGAUGAGAAUAUGGAAACCAGCGUCAAGGGAGUAUUCGCCAUUGGAGAUAUCCGAAAUACCUCUUUCAAGCAAGUCGUUGUGGCAGCUUCCGAUGGGUGCAUUGCCGCCAUGUCCAUUGACAAGUAUCUGAAUGCCCGAAAUAAGAUCAAGGUGGACUGGAUUCACCAGUAG